AUGCCCUCACUACUCAUCACCGUCCUGUUCCUUAACGUCAUCAUAUAUGUGGUUAAUACGGUUGGCGCCGCUACAGUAGAUGGUUUGCUAUGGCUUCUCUACAUUCAGCUACCCACAGGGACGUCGCAGAUCGCUCGAGAACAACGCCAUAUGAAACGAGAAGUUGUGCAACUCAAACACGAAAUGAGCUCGACCAGCUCCCAGGAUGAGUUUGCAAAAUGGGCCAAGUUGAGACGGCGACAUGAUAAGGCGUUGGAGGCAUAUGAGGCUAAGAACAAUGAACUCACCCAAUCCAAAUCGACUUUCGACAUGACUAUCAAAAUCGCUCGCUGGGCAGCCACCUCUGGGCUAAUGCUCUUCUUGCAAUUCUGGUACUCCAAGACGCCUAUUUUUACAUUACCUCCUGGUUGGAUUCCAUGGCAGGUGCAGUGGGUGUUGUCCUUUCCCCGUGCGCCGAUGGGUACCGUGAGCAUACAGAUAUGGGGCGGAGCGUGCGCCACCGUUGUUGCGUUGGUUGGUGAUGCGAUGAAAGCUAGCCUGGCAUAUGUUUCGAAGCCAAAAAUUGACCGGAUAAAACUUGGAGCUACUAUGGAGGGGAAGGAAGGGAAGAAACGCCAAUAA